GCGAGACGCGGCCAGGGGCGCCCCCAGCCCGCGCGGGGCCCGCCGCACCAUGACCGAGACCACCAAGACCCACGUCAUCCUGCUGGCCUGCGGCAGCUUCAACCCCAUCACCAAAGGCCACAUUCAGAUGUUCGAGCGAGCCAGGGACUACCUGCACAAGACCGGGAGGUUCAUUGUCAUCGGCGGCAUCGUCUCCCCCGUGCACGACUCCUAUGGAAAACAGGGCCUCGUGUCGAGCCGGCACCGCCUCGUCAUGUGUCAGCUGGCUGUCCAGAACUCCGACUGGAUCAGGGUGGACCCCUGGGAGUGCUACCAGGACACCUGGCAGACCACCUGCAGCGUGCUGCAGCACCAUCGAGACCUCAUGAAGCGGGUGACCGGCUGCAUCCUGUCCAACGUCAGCACGCCCUCCAUGACGCCUGUGAUCGGGCAGCCGCAGCAGGAGACGCCCCAGCCCGCCUACCAGAACAGCAACGUGCCCGCCAAGCCCACGGCAGCCAAGAUCCUGGGCAAGGUGGGCGAGAGCCUCAGCCGGAUCUGCUGCGUGCGCCCGCCCGUGGAGCGCUUCACCUUCGUGGAUGAGAACGCCAACCUGGGCACGGUGAUGCGGUACGAGGAGAUCGAGCUGCGGAUCCUGCUGCUGUGCGGGAGUGACCUUCUGGAGUCCUUCUGCAUCCCCGGGCUCUGGAACGAGGCUGACAUGGAGGUGAUCGUUGGGGACUUCGGGAUCGUGGUGGUGCCGCGAGAUGCUGCUGACACAGACCGGAUCAUGAACCAUUCCUCCAUCCUGCGCAAGUACAGAAACAACAUCUUGGUGGUAAAGGAUGACGUGAACCACCCCAUGUCCGCGGUCAGUUCUACCAAGAGCAGGCUGGCCCUGCAGCACGGGGACGGCCACGUCGUGGACUACCUGUCCCAGCCCGUCAUCGACUACAUCCUCAAGAGUCAGCUGUACAUCACCGCCUCCGGCUAGCAUCUCAGGCCGCCGCUGCUCCACCCCCUCGGCGGGACGGGGACCUUCGAGAACCAGGGCUCUCCUGGCCCUGGGCGUCUUGCACAGACUUUCCUCUGGUCCCCGGGA